AUGAAAGUGCUAAAGAGGUAUGUUCAAAACCGUACUCAUCCCGAAGGUUGCAUUGCUGAGUGGUAUAUAGCUGAAGAAGCUGUAGAGUUUUACACCAAGUAUUUGUCUGAUGUUAAUACAGUUGGAGUGCCUCUAGCCAGAAGAUGUGACUUUCAAAGCCAUUACCACAUGGAACAUAUGAUCCACAUCAAGACCACUUAUCUAAAAUUUAAAAAGAGAACAAAGUGGUUGCAAGAUAAGCAUAAUAACACUUUCAUUCAAUUGCUAGGCUUUAAGGUUCAAAGUGAGCUCAAUGGGAAAGACAAUAAUCGCUUAUCAAAAAAUUUGAGAUGGCUAGCAGCUCGUCCAAGCAUGGCAGUGCCAUCAUAUAGGAGCUAUCUUAUUAAUGAUGGUAAAUUUAACACAAAGGCGCAAGAUGAUGUGUGA